AUGCGGUUUGUCCAUGCGCAACUGGAGCAGGCUGCGCUCGGGAACUUUUUGCUCCGGACGCUUCCCCAUAUUCCUCCAGCGCGAUCCUCGAACUUUCCCCUGCUACCUUCCCAUGCCGUGAACGGACCAGAUGUCGCUUGUCGCAUCAUGGCGGCCGUCAAUCAGAACAUGUUUGAUGCCAGCAUCACCAUCGAUCGGCCCGGUGGUGCGUCGCUGAUGAGGUUGCCGCUGAAUCUGAUCGCCCAAAUCGUGUCUAAUGUCGAGGAUACCGGUGAUCUUGCCCGACUGUGCCGAACAUGUCGCGUGCUCAACUACAUGGCGCUGCCGCAGCUCUACCGCAGCCUGACCCUCACCUCCUACGAUAAAAUCCGCUAUCGCGGUGAACAACCUGAAGGAAUCGGAAGCGCGAGUCCCUUCACGAUGGGUCUCAAUGCAGUGAUCACUCGACCAUAUGCAAAGCUCGUCCAAUCAAUAACGCUGCGCGGAGAUUGGAAGGAGAGCGAGCUGGAGGAGCAUGCCCAGGUCGGGCGCGUGCCGGACUCGUCAAUGCUGCUGAACAUUGCGGUGCGGGCGGCGGUCGAUCGCAUGACGAAUUUAGAAAGCUUCAGCUGGGAGCUCAACACCAAAAUGCUCGAGACGGUCUAUCAAGGAUUAACACAGCUACCCAAACUCACCUCGUUAACGAUCCGCUUCCCCUCCACCCGCCACCCACAACCAACCUAUGUGCUUCCGGGUAUGCCGCAUUUGCGAUGUCUGAAGAUCACCGACAUCGAUCCGCUCUGCUACCCCGAUGAUAUUGCCACAAUGCUUUUUAAAAGCAGGAAAUUGCGAGAGCUCAAGCUCCAUUGGUCGCCCCGCAUGCGAAUUGCACAGGAGCCUAGUGUAUCCCUCCACGAUUACUUCCGCAAAUGCAUUGCGGCUAAACAGCCCCUCUCGGUCAAAAAACUCUCUUUCCAAAAUAUGUACGCUUUCCACAGCGAAGAAUUCAAUAUCGCGUUCGAUCCUACCACCGUCGAAGACGUUACUUUUCUCAGCGGGACGGACAAUACGGGCUUCGUCAAUACAUUCGUCGAGAACAGUUGGCCGACCGUGGUACCUCAUCGGAAAUUGAGGAUCAAGUCAAUUCGAAUGGAUGCGAUUUCAAAGCGAAAUUCGGAGUUUUUGGGCAACUUCACGGGCCUCGAGCGACUAUACUUUGUGAACGUGACAGCUGAUUCUUCCGACUAUCUCAAUUCUCCUCGACCGGGAUAUGGUCCCGCCUCAUCAGCAAUGACACCUCCGGUUACAGAAGCUCAGAAUGGAGCGGUGAACUCGCCGGCUGCCGCCUCUCCAGCCAGCCAGUUGAGCAUGGCUACAAGCGUUCGGGAUAGUUACAUGUCUAACAUUGCCACAAACCAUGGCUCCACCCUUCGUCAUUUACUCCUUAGUUCUAAAUGGCCUUUGUCGACCGGGAUGAUUGCACGGCUCGUUCACAGCUGCCCCAACCUAGAGCAACUCGCUCUCGCCACCGAAUUUUCGAGCAUGGAGUCGCUUGGCAUGCUGGUACCAUUCCUUCGGAAAUUGGUGGCCCUCCGCCUGCUGAUUCCUGCGGGAUCUCCUUCCCCUAGCAAUGCUCCGAAUUCUGCAACAUCCACCACAUCCAGUGGUGUCGCUGGCGAGGGACUGGGGAAAUUUACCAGGGCUGCCAAAAGCCUUGCGUUUUCAGAGACACCGUCAAUUAAAAUGUUAAGAGAAAUUGAGCGAGCAGCUGACAGUGCCCGCAGCUUAGCGGACAUCGUCGAUCUGGAUGACGAGCUCCUCAUGCAGAUGAUGAGUUACGACCUGGCGGACAAGAAUGUCUUUGGCAAUGUCAAGGUUGUUGGAAUGGGCUGGAAGUCCUUCGAGCUCCGUGACUUCUACAAAGCGCCGGUGCCGGUAUAUGAUGACUCUGCAGCACAAUCGCCUGACCCGGCUUUUGAUAAUUCGGCGGAGAAAAAUGGUGGUGUCAACUCAACACCAAACCCUGCGCACACGAAUGGCACCGAUACAUCCCGACCUUUUGCUACGCCCGGAACCAAUGCCCCUCCUUCGACAUUAGGCAAGCGUACACGAGAUGACGAUGAAGAUAAUGAAAGCAGAAGCCGCCAGGCUUCGCAUAUUUCCGACACCCGUGAUACAUCCGAGUGUACUCACCCAUUUGCUGCCAAAACGGGUUGUUUUCCACCCGUCAUGACAAAUGAUGGACAGGUCAUGAGGCGACGGAUGCGGCGAGUGGGAUGGGAGGUAUUGCAGCACUGGGAGAUUUGGGCACUCGAUGCGCAAGAGAUUUAA